AUGUUUGGCCAUCAGGUUAGAUGCUUAUCAACUAAACCGUUGUUUGCGGCUGCGGGUAAGAAAGUUAGUCAGAAACCAGGCUAUCUUAAGAAUAAUGGGCCUGCUCCACCAAAAAAAGGAAACUCAAAUGCUAUGACCCAGAAUUGGAAACGAGUCAUAGCAACCUCAAAAUUCAACUCUAAUGCGGAAUCUGUAUCUUUGCCAAAAUUAGAUCUGGAUAAUAUCAAAGAUGAAGUGGUCACCUACACUGAUAAACAAUAUAACUUCCUUCGCCGUCUGGGAUCUUUCAAAAUGGAUCAGUUUCAUGAGUUAUUUCAAAGGCCAAUCGUUUUAACAACUAAGAGGAUAACAGAGAGGUUUUUGCAAGAACUGGAAUCAUCGACGACUAAAAGAUUCAUUAUUACUGGUGAGCCAGGUGUGGGGAAAUCCACGUUAUUAGCACAAGUACAUGUACAUGCACUAAAAAAGGGAGCUAUAGUACUAGAAUUUCCUUAUCCCGAAUUAUUUACUAGUGGUAGAAACGACUUUUUCUAUGAUGGCACCAAAUAUAUUCAACCAACGUACUUGAAGAUAUUACUGACUAAGUUGCGUGACGCUAACGAUCGCUCUAUUCUCGCUUCCCUUAAGCUAAAAAACAGUUACAGGUUCCCUGUUGUUUCAGGUCGGGAUGGUGUAGUUACGCAUACAGCAAAGUUAGAUGCAGGGACGAGCACACUUCUACAACUGGUGUCUGUCAAUACUGAAUCAAAAAGCAGGGGUAAACUAUUUGCAGCUGUGUUUACUGAGCUUGUCUCACAGAACUAUGUGCCUGUUUAUUUCACUGUUGAUAACUUUUCCAGGAUCUCAUCUUCUCCAUAUACCUACUACAAAAAUGCCAUCAACCAAUAUGUUCAUCUUUUACAAUUUCAAGUUGCUAAGACAAUCUUUAACCUUGUUGGUGGCAAAGUCCAGGCACAACAUAAGGACAGUUGCGUCAUCGUGGCAAAUUCAGGCGUCGAUAGAGUUACUAGGACUCUUAACGUUGCUACAGAAAAAGAUGAAGAAGAAGUUUCAUACAUGCUUCCUCAACAUUACGAUCCACUAAUUGCCAACUACCUACAGCAAGGUGGAAUCACUGAAUUCAGAGUCCCUAAACUUAAUAAAACAGAACUAGGCACUUUGCUUCAGUUUUACUCUAAAAGUAAAAUACUGAGGGAAACAUAUUCAAGUCAAAAGUCUAUGGACCAGAUAGUGGACGAACAAUACUUUAUUAGUGGAAACGGUAACCCUAGAGAGUUACUAAAAAGCAUUACCCUGAAUCCAAAAUAG